UUUCAAGAUCGUACUAGUUUUCCAACGAUCAUUGACUGAUCACUUCUGACAAAAGAUUAUUGGUUAUUUCUGUUGCUGUUUAUUGUUGAAUUAUUGAUUGAGUAGUAAUGCCAAAGGCUAAAAAGAGAAAGACUCACUUACAACCCAGAGAGAAGACUGCAAAAUUGAAGAAUGGGGUGAAUGCAACAAAAAGUUCCACAGAGAAAACUCUAAGUCUUUUGAACCCUAGUAGGAGUACGAGAGAUGAUUCCUCGAGAUCAGAAAAUCCCAUAGGAAAGUCCAAUUCGUCUGAGGAUAUCCAAAUUAUUGUUAAACAAACUUCAAAGGGAGGAACUCCCGCAGCAUCUCAGGGACGUAACAACAUUGUUGUGAAUGACAAUAGCUCAGAUUAUGUUAUGAAGGAGGUUGACCAGAAUAUGCAUAAAUUGUUUGAUCGUAUUAGAUACUCGGAAGAUGCUGUUUCGACACUCCCCAACAGAUCUUGGGCGAUUCAUUGUAGUGAGCUUCCAGUUAAGAAGAUUGUUGUCAGUGAGAUGAUUAUGCAUAAUGUUGAUGGCGUGGGAUUGCAGCCCUUUUAUAUCAAACAGAUUGUUUUCGACGAGAAGUUAAACUUCGAUAUCUUCCUUUUGAAUUCUCGAACUGUAUUAAAGGACAAGCCCUCGUCGAUCCACAGUAUGGAGGAUUUCGAGAGCCUCCUGGAUCACCUUCAAAGUCUCAAAUUGUGCUCAGGAGGACCUGAUUACCAGCUGUAUAGUCACAUAACUCCAGAGUGUGCCUACAAGGAUGCGACCAACAAAUGGCGCCACAAUCUUUGCACACUCGAAGUAAACAACUGUGACACUUGUGAAUCUUGUCUGUCCCUUGAUGAGAUCCUUAAACGUCAUGCACAACGAGUCAAACCCUCUGUCAAGCCCAAAAAUGGAGUCGCCAUGACGAGGCGAAAGAGGCCUGGACAGUCCAAGGACACAUAGAAUUUUAUUUAACUAUACGCUGUGAUGCAUUUAAAGAAAAUCAAUAUAAAAUUCCGACUUUUUCAGGUCAAUCUGCGAAGUUGAUUGCAAAAUGACACGAUAUUUGUUUAUGUAAAUAGAUUUUUCCUUCCAUUUCUUCCACAACGCAAAUUGUAAAUAAAAAGUAAUCGUUGAAGAUUUAAACGUCUUAUUUGAGGUGAGAUUUUUUAUUUGAUUGAGGAAGCCGUUUAAUGUGUUGGAAUAAAUCCUGUCUCUUUAAUUUUUCGAGAAUAAACGUAUUUUUAAUUGAAAAAAUGGUAUCGGAGAAAAAAUAUGAAUUUCUGUUUGCAGUUUCGAUUUUUAUAUAGUUAAUUUGGUGCUGAUUUGUGUAAUUAACCGUUUUUUGAUUUUUCCCUGUUUAAAAUACAUUAACUAACUGGAAAAUUGUAUUUUCUUCAGGGAUGUCGUUAUUGAUGUUAAUAAAUGAGAAAUUGCUUCCUAA